AUGGCAUUCAGGAUAGUGUGGCAGUCAAAGAUCGACAAACAGUGGCAUUAUCGCUACUACCAGUCCAACUGGCAGAACGCUUCUGGGAAUGCUCCUGGCGAAGGCAUCAAAGGGUUCCCGAUGGCUAUGUCUCUCUAUGCGCACUUGACCCACGGACAGUGGCCGGAGCCAAUCAACAAUCAGCACAUCAAAUUCUGGAAGACAGUCGAGUGGUGGGGCCAUGCAAACCUGCUCCGAGUGAAAGUUGACCGCCUUCGGCAGGUCAUUCGAGCUCAGGUUGUCAAUGAGCCUCUUCUUCCGUUGCCUCAACCAAACUUCGACCUUGGUGCGGUCGUGGAAGCAAUGGAAGACCACGGCUUCGAAAACGUCAAUGCAAAGUGGCAGUCACUGCAGUUCGAUUGGCUUACGGAUCCGCAGUGGUGGCCGGAUGGAAAGGCGGGCAAGCCCCAUGCUUCCGUGAAAAAGCGGACUGACUGUGACUUUCACCUCGUUAUGAAAGCAGUUAACAGCAACAUGAAGUGCGAGCGGGUUCCAAACCAGGACCGCUGCACUGACUGCGCGAAAAGGGGCAUCGUUUGCUCGUGGACAAAGGUACCAAAGCUGUUUGGUGUGCAAGGCUGGCAGAAAGCUGGCGACGAUCGUCUGGCCACCACAGAGACCCAGAGGUCGAUUAUGCUGCUAUGCCAGCUUCCAGCAGCCAAUGAACAGAAGAGACACGGCACUAUGGCAGACCCACACUUCGCCAAGAUUGGAAAGGACGAGGAGUAG